AUGCAGUUUGAGAUUGACCAUGAAAAUGAUGAACAACUUGAAUCUGUCGAGGGUUAUUACGAACCUAAGUCGAAUGCGAUUGUAGGACUUCAAUUCAAAACCAACUUGAGGAUUUCUGAGCUGAUAGGAUAUCCAAAAGGAAGUAAUGCCAAGUUUUCACUAGCUGUGGAGGGAAAGAAGAUCAUCGGGUUUCAUGGAUCUUACCAAACUCAACUCAACUCUCUUGGAGCAUACUUCACUUGGAUUACUCCAAGUAGAUCAAUAGAAGCAAAAGGUGGAAAAGGAGGCAAUGAGUGGGACGAUGGAGCUGACCAUGAAGGUGUUACAAAAAUACAUGUACGAGGUGGUUGUGGUGGUAUACAAUUCAUCAAGUUUAAUUAUAUCAAGGAUGGGAAACAUGUAGCUCGGCCUGUCGGCCAGCCCAUGGUGUCAGCGAUUAACCAUCUGGCAAAGGAAUAUUUGGUUUCUGUUGAGGGUUACUAUGACGAAGGAGAUCCCGGGGUCAUUCAAGGAAUUGAAUUCAAAACUAAUAUCAAGACCUCAGAACUAAUGGGAGACAACAAGGGAAAGAAGUUUUCACUUGCAGCCAAUGGAAACAAGAUCAUUGGAUUUCAUGGAUAUGCUGACAAGAAUCUAAACUCUCUUGGAGCAUAUUUCACUAAAUCAUCUCCUUUUACAAAAUUGGAGUAUGGUACUACUGCAUAUGAUCCUUGGGAUGAUGGUACUUUUGACGGCGUAAGAAAGGUCUACGUUCACUAUGAUAGCUCUAAUGUAUAUUGUGUCAAGUUCGACUAUGACAACAAAGGCAAAAUGGAAAAGCAUGAGCAUGGGAGAAUGAUUAAAGAAGAAGGAGAGUUUGUGGUGGACUAUCCGAAUGAAUUUAUCACAUGUAUUGAGGGGACUUCACAAAAUCGGUUACUGAUACCCCCCCCCAUUGCGUCGCUGACUUUCAAAACAUCGAAAGGGAGAACUUCGUCAACAUUUGGAACAGCAACCAAUAGUCCAUUCGUGCUUGAGAGUAAAGGUUGUGGUCUUGUUGGGUUCUAUGGACGGUCAUCUAGUAGUAAACUCUAUGCGCUUGGGGGAUAUUUCUGUCCACUGCCUCCUCUUCCCUGCGUAGAAAAAGUAGAAGCAAAAGGUCGUGAUGGAGGAACUUCUUGGGACGAUGGCGAUUUUUAUGGUAUUCGAAAUAUAUACAUAGGGCACAGCAAGAAGGGUAUUGCAUUCGUCAAGUUUCUAUACGAUAAGGACAAUCAGGUUGUGGUCGGAGAUGAUCAUGGGAGCAAGACAUUACUUGGAGUUGAUGAGUUUGAGUUGAAGCACCCGGGUGAAUACUUGAUAUCAGUCGAGGGUAGCUAUGAUGUUGUCCUAGAUGGAAUUGAAUCCAAAGUUAUACGCAUGCUUAGGUUCAAGACCAAUAUGAAAACCUCUCAACCCUUUGGACUUGAGACAAAGCCAAGCUUCACACUCGAGAAGGAAAAUCACAAGAUCGUCGGGUUCCAUGGAACAGUAGGUAAGAUGCUUCAUCAAAUUGGGGUCCAUGUCGUACCAUUACAUAAUGAUCAUCUUCAUACAAAAAUAUGAGCUCAAAUGAAUCAUUAGCUCGCGCAAGAUUUUAUCUUCUUCUUCAAUGAUCUCUUUUCUUCAAAAUUUUAUCCUAUAUAUAUACGUCUUAUAGUCUGUAUUUCCCAAUUUCAUGUAAUACGAUAUCGUUGGCUUUUAAAUUGUAAAACAAUUAUAGU